AUCAGUGUUUAGUGACUCGGACGCGGAAGAAGAAUCGGCCUUUUAAAAAAAGCAGAAAAGCCGAAUGAAAGAAGCUUGUUCCUCAGACGGAGCGACCACCGGUUGAACCUCCUCCGCCUCCCGCGGCCUGCCUGCUCCUUCUCCCCGGGGCUUACACUGUUUCUUCCGGUUCUGCUACGACUGACUUCCCGCUGCAAGGCGGGAGCAGACCGUCUCACAGGCUCCAUAGCUCCGCAGACCCCCGCUGUUUGCAGCUUUAUUGGAUCGAUCUGUCAUCUUUUAUUCAGGCCGCCUGCUGAACGCGGAGCUGCGGCAGAGAGCGGCGGGCGGCGCCGCUGGGUGGCACCGCUGUCUCCGGGCGGAGGGGCUGCUGCUAAACAGACUCAUUCCACUGUGGAUCCUAAUCUUCCUGUUUCCAGUCGGCUUCUAUGUGCUGUGUGUCGGGGGGCUGGUCGUUAGCCCACCGGUUCGGAGGGAUCCUCCACCCGGAGAGCCGCUGGCCCCAGCCGGGGAGAUGGCUUCUAAUCGGGGGAAGAAAAGCACGGAUUCCAUUUAAAAGCAAUUCAUUUAUGUUAACAUUUGAAGCUUGAUGAUGUUUGGAUGAUUUUUUUUUUUUUUUUGGAACCUGGAUAAUUAGCUCCAUAGGAGGGGCGAACUCUCCAGACCCUCCCCGAGCACAGCGCCCCUUCCCCGGGCUGCACUGACGUGUCCAGCCCGCUGGGAUGACUGAAGCCUGGGGCUCAUUUUCCUAAAACUCCCACCAUUCUACCUCAUAAGCCGGCUUCACUGCGCACAUUUUUGUUGUCCGUGUUUUAAAGAGGAGGGCUGGUUUGCGGACAUGGCCGAGUCGAACCGCUCCAGCGGUCCGGCGAACCCCGAUGCGGACAACGGCCGGCUGGUGAGUCCGGCCGCCGUGAAGAAGAAGGUGCAUCAGCCUCCGGGGCCGAGGCAGAAGUACCAGAGCUCCGGCCACUGCUUCAAGAAAGUCACCCUGACCAAACCGACCUUCUGCCACAGCUGCAGCGACUUCGUGUGGGGGCUGAUCGGCUUCCUAUGCGAAGUGUGUAACUUCAUGUGUCAUGAGAAAUGCCUGAAGACGCUCCGUGUGGUCUGCACCAGCAUGAGUCCUUCUCAGGUUCAGGUGCCCGUUGCUCACUGCUUUGGUCCAGCUGGCCAGAAGAAACAUUUCUGCUGCGUCUGCAGGAAGCAGACAGAGGGAAGCAAGGCGCUGCGCUGUGAAGUGUGCGAGCUGCACGUCCACGCUGACUGUGCUUCCUUCAGCUGUGCCGACUGUCGCUGCUGUCACCUGGACAGGAACCUGCAGCAGAACAUGUUCCACCACCACUGGAGGGAGGGGAACCAGGCAUCGGCGGCGAAGUGUGAAGUUUGUCGCCGUUCCUGUGGCUCGUCCGAAGCCCUGUCGGGGAUGAGGUGUGAGUGGUGCGGGAUUACGUGCCAUGCGGCGUGUUACCGCCUGGUCUCUCCAGAAUGCAACCUGGGACGUCUGCGCAACAUGUUGCUGCAUCCCUCCAUUGUCUGCCUCGACUCCAGGAACUUCAGCAAAAUGCACUGUUACCGGAUCAUGGAGAGCUGCAAUCAAGAGCUGGAUAAUGCAGAUGAAGCCGAUUCACCUGCUGCCGCGUCAAAAGAUGCUCCGCCUGCAGCGCCUGAAACCGGUAAGCAGCUUAUUAAGGUGUAUGACGGUGAUGAUUCAGUCAAGCGUGGCUUCUUUCGGUUGAUCCACACCAGCAGAGGCAUGAAGAAUGAGGAAGUGGAGGCGGCGCUCAGGGCCUUUUAUCUUCCUGAGGAUCCUCAUCACUUUCAGCUGGAGGAAUUCAGCAGCUUGCAGCAUCACCAUAGCGACGACCUCCUGAACCAGAAUGCCAGCAGUCUGGAAAACAGAAAUUCCGCAAAGAAUGGAGGUGACGCCAGGCUGCUGAGGGCAAAACCGAGAAGGGAUGACAUGAUCAAGGUGCAUGCUGCAUGGAGCAGGCCCAGUUCAUCUACUGUUACUGUGUUGGAAACCAGCACUGCAGCCUCCAUCGUCAGCGAGGUUCUCCCUCACCUGGGCAGGCAGGAUGAAGAUUCAUCAAAAUUCAGUCUACAGGAAGUCUACAUGAGCAGUAAGCAAGUGCAGAGACAAACGCUGAGUCCUCAGGAGAAGAUAGUGGACAAACUUCAGGAGAUCAGGAAGCUUUCUCUGCGUCAGAUGAACCAAACUCGGUUCUACGUGGUAGAGAACAAGAACCGGGCCGUGCAGGUGGACCUGCUGAUCCUGGGACUGCCCCCCCUGCUGGCCAAAGAGGAGCAAACCCGCCUACUGCAGGAGCAACUGGAAAUCAAGAGUCACCUAGUCACAUACACCCACUUCUAUGACUCUCAAGGUGCCGUGGCGAUGCAGAUUUCCUGCUUCUCAGAGGCAGAGAGGAUCUACAUGCUUGCUAAAGACACCUCCAUCAACAACAAGAUGCUGACCUCCCUGGUCAUUCCAGAGAUCCAGCAUGAGAAGCUGGAAGAUGACGUCUGCCCCCUGCUGGUGUUCGUCAACCCGAAGAGCGGUGGCCUGAAGGGCAGAGAGCUCCUCUACAGCUUCCGGAAACUGCUGAACCCUCACCAGGUCUUUGACCUCACCAACGGAGGCCCGCUGGCAGGCCUGCAUACAUUCAGGGGGGUUCCUCGGUUCCGGGUUCUGGUCUGCGGGGGUGAUGGCACAGUUGGCUGGGUCCUGGGAGUCCUGGAGGCCGUGAGGCACAAACUGGUCUGCCGGGAGCCGCCCAUUGGUAUCGUCCCACUGGGAACUGGGAAUGACUUGGCACGGAUCCUCCGCUGGGGGGCGGGAUACAGCGGUGAGGACCCCCACCACAUCUUGGUGUCAGUGGACGAGGCAGACGAAGUGCAGAUGGACCGCUGGACCAUCUUGCUGGAUGCUCAGGACAUCACGGAGGAUGGAAAGGACAACGGCUACCUGGAGCCACCCAAGGUUGUCCAGAUGAACAACUACUUUGGUCUCGGCAUCGAUGCAGAGCUCAGCCUGGACUUCCACCUGGCCCGAGAGGGCGAACCCGAUAAGUUCACUAGCAGGUUCCACAACAAAGGUGUUUAUGUGAAGGUGGGUCUGCAGAAGAUCAGCCACGGCAGGAGCCUCCAUAAAGAGCUGCAGCUGCAGGUGGACUCGCAGCAGGUUCCCUUACCCAACAUCGAGGGUCUGAUUUUCCUCAACAUUUCCAGCUGGGGUUCUGGUGCCGACCUGUGGGGAUCAGAAGCCGAUUCACGGUUUGCAAGGCCGAGGAUCGAUGACGGCCUGCUGGAGGUGGUUGGAGUCACAGGGGUCGUUCACAUGGGUCAGGUUCAUGGUGGGCUCCGCUCCGGGAUCCGGAUUGCUCAGGGGAACUACAUCAGGCUGACUCUCAGCAAACCCAUAACGGUGCAGCUUGACGGGGAGCCGUGGAUCCAGCCACCUGGACACAUUAUCAUUUCUGCUGCGGGACCAAAGGUCCGGAUGCUGAGGAAGUCCAAGGUGAAACAGAAGAAAUCUGCUGCCAGCAAGGAUGGACGCUCUGAGAGUCCUUCCUCAAGAGACGGUGGACAAUGACCGGUUCUCCUCGAAAUUGGUGUCCUCCAUUUUUAGCUGCUUCUUGCUGCCCAGGAAGCUGGUCCGGUUCCAGUGCCUGUGAUUCCACUCAUGUAGCUUUGAAGCGACCCUAACCGAUCACAGAUCCAGAUGGAGAUAGAAGCAGGUUCAAGGUAUCUGCAUCCUGCUAAGGAAGAGGAGAAGGUCAUAAUACAUUAUUGUCUGGUAACUUUAAAGAGAAAUGAUCCAAGUGACUCAAUCUCAUCUGCAACCUUCAUAUCUGGAUGUCUGAGUAGAAUGUGGGUCGAUCUGGACUAUUUUCAACAAUUCACAAAGUCAGAGGGUAACCAGAACAAUUUCUGACAGCCGUAACAGUAUCUGUUCUGUAAUUAAACGUAACCUCAGUGUUGGUUGCAUAACCUAAGAAUAAUGUGCAGCUAUAAAAUAAAGGUGGAGAAGAAGAGGAACUCUGACAUCUAGACGGGCAGUUUUUCCAAAAAGCUGCAAACAUCUAAAACUCAACCUGGAGGUUCACAGGAAUCCAAACAUUCUCUGCUUAAAAUGAAUUAAGAAAAAAUAAACUGACUUCAGAUACUGUUGAAGAUUUGUGACGAUCAGAGCGAUUGAAGAUAACCGAUUCCAUGGUUGCUUUGGUGAGUCCCUCCACAAGAAGUAACUGUGUUAGAACUAGAAGUAUCAGACCCUUCUGAGUGGAUGAAGAAACUCAAUUUAAAAGCUUUUUUGCGGGGUCAAAAAUCCCUCAAAGUUUUAACUAUCAUUGUGAUAAAAGCUGGAAGAAGGAUUAGAAGGCUAACUGGGUAACUUUCUGUCAUUUAGUUACACUUUUAAUGAUGGUUCGGAUGAGAAAAUAUGGCUGAGAUAUGGAGGUCCAACCAAGACUGCUUUCACUCAGUUUCUUCAGAACCCAGAAACUUUAACAGAUUUUUUUGUUCCUGACAGAAACAGACUCAUUGUUAAGAGAAACAUUCUGUAUGGUGAUGUUUUCUUUAUGGGUUUUGAAUCAGAACCAGCUCAAUCAGCAGUGUCCAAAUUCAGUUUCAGUCUGAAAUACGGAUUCUGAUCCAAACCCAGAAGGACCAGCUCAGAUGAGCUUGGAGGGAGUUUGUCUCGGUUCCAGUUCUUCAUGUAGCCUCGACAUAGUUUUUCAUCAAUGUUAUCGCGCUUCUUUGAAAUCUGACUUUUCGUCUUGGUGCUGGAAAACCAAAUCUGUUGGAUUUGUGUUUUUGACUAAAGUCAGAUCAUGUAUAGAGUAGAAGAAGCAUGAAGCUUCAGGGUUCUGUUAAAUCGGUUUUUUGCAGAGGCUGGUGUGGUCUGCAUCAAGAUCAUUACUUGCCUGAUAAGCUGUGGUUCCACAUGGAGGUUCAGGUUUUUCUCUGAAGGAAAAUGAUCAGUUUUAAUGUUGGACGAUAGAGAUUUUAAGUUAGAUUCAGACUGACCACAAAUAUUAAAAUAUCAGGAUUUAGACUGGUUUGCUGAUUUAACAGCAGGGGGCGCUGCAGGCGUGUAGCAGAUCUCAGUGGCAUUAAAUGUUUAUUUAACCAAUUGUGGAGCUGACCUACUGAUAUGUUCUGCUGUAGCUGUUUCUGACAUGCAUGAAGUUCUGUGUUUUUAUCACAGAGCCGAGUGUCAUUUGUUUCUGAUCAACUGGACUUUUAACAGUGCUUCUCCUUUUCUUCUCACCCUCAGCUUUCUGAAAGGAAGUUUUAAAACUGAAAGAAAAAUGGUAAAACUACAUUUUAUCCCCAAAUUUCCACCUGCUCCGAUCUGCCUAAAAACUAGUUUUCCUCUUGAUCUAUGAUGUUUUUAUAUUUAUUUUUCCUUUAAAUGUAACCAGACAUUUGAAGCUGCCAACAGAACCAGUAUAAACUGAACUGUAAAAACUGACUUAUAGUUUUGAAAAAUAGCACCAGUUUUGUUUAAACGGGAACAAAAGCGUUUCAGUUCUUUGUUCACUGGUGAAAAGGUAGAAGACAAUUUUUAAAAAGAAACCAAACUGGGUGGGGGGGUGCCAAAAAGAGUUUCCUUUAUUUACAUUAAUACUCAUAAAUAAAUAAAUUGCUCCUAAAUUUAUGAGAAAUAAGUCAACAUUUUUCUCAUAGAAUGCAAAAAUAUUUCUUUUUUAAACUCUUCUAAAAAUUUAAGUGCUAAAAGUAAGGAACUUGUUUUGUAUCACUUUGCAAGUCUAUACCUUUAACCAUAAAGGGUAAAAAAAAAAUCAUAAAUGUUUGGAUUUAUUAUCAAUUGUAAAAAUUCAUCAUAAUCUGAAUGUGUGUAUUUUUUUUGACAAAAGUGGGUAAAAUGUCAAAAAAAAAAAAUUGUACCAAAGUAAAAUUAAAGAUACUUCAACAUAUUGUUACUCAAGUAAAAGCAAAACAUAGCAUCCUAAAAAUUACUGACAGCAAAAAAAAAACAAUCUGGUAAGAAAGCUACCCGAAUAUUGAGAAACUGAUUAUAACAAGAGAUAUUUAAUAAUGAUUGAAUUGUAAAGACACAGAUAUAGUUAUGUAAAAAUAAUGGUACAUAAAAGACAAAAUUGGGAAACAAUGAAAAACUAAAUAUUUGUAAAGAAAAAAAUUCAGGCCACAGAAACUUCAAAAUAUUUUCUUAAAUUAAAACUUCUAAAAUCAUAAAAAAAUAUACAGCACGUUAGAACAGUCCAAAGCAAAUAUCUACUCUUUACUAUAUGUUUACCUGACCUCUAAGUAAUGACCUCAGCAAAUAGAAAAUAACUUUUAAAUGACAAAGCUUCCAUAUAAACAGGAGGUCUCACUUCAAUAUAGACUUUAAGUGUGUCCGUCUCUGGUACUUUUGUGGUUAAAAUAACUUCAAAAAAGUUAUUCAAGGUGAGUAGAGUAGCAAAACAUUUAGUCAUGAGUAGCAAUAUUAAUAAUGUUAACUGAAUUAAAAGUAAAAAAGAACAGGCCAGUGAAUCUACUUCAAAAAGACGAUAGUGUUGAAAAUAUUCAAGUAAAUUCAACCCCUAAAUUCACUCAUUUAGAGGUUGCAAGUAUCAGAGCUUUUCCAAACAUUCUGCAUGUAAUUAAAGGUUUAGUGGGGGGGUGUUAGUUUUCCUUGUGGAUCAUCAAAAUAAGUGGUCCUCCUAAUUGUCAAUCAUUCUGGUGAUAUGUUUACGUAAGGCCAUCCUACGUGCUCGUCCCCAUUUUCACUUACCGGUGGUGAGUUGGACAUAGUGGAAAAA